UCUCCACCACUUCUCAGCUUUCUUUCCAAUAGCUUCAUCUCGUAAAGCUCUCGUUAUUUUCCAUCCUGGGCUCUCGUUCCUCAAUGGCUACCUUGGCAGCCAUCCCCGAGGCUGCCUCUCAUCUGCUUGAUAGAAACAUUCGUUAUCGCGACAGCCUUCCAACGGCAUCAUUCCAUCGGCCGCGUCCGAAAUCUCGAGUUGUUAUUCUCUCUAAGCGCUCAGGCCGAGUGUGCACUCCGAUUCGCAAACAAUCUCCUGCCCCUGAGUCUCCUGGCUCAGUGUAUAGUAGCGAGUCGAGGCAAGCUCCUGAGCAGCAUUAUGCCGACGGCCGCUCCCAUAGCGCACAUCACAGUCCACCAAAUCCUUCUUAUCCCGCUCAAGCUGACAGUCGAACGGCUUGUGGUGCGGAAGCCCCCUUCCGUGGCUCUAGCAUGAGGUCUCUUGAUGCAGCAUCCUCUGUUGAUGAUUCUUGGGAGCUAUCCGAACUGUCACUUGACUUGGAUGCUUUUCCGAUGCCUCCGUUGAAAGAUCCUCCUCGCCAACCUGCCUUUGCUGGCAGUGCUUCAGCUGCGCCUGCGAAUCCACCACGCAUCCAUGCCACAGCAAUGUCAAAUCCCAUGACAUCGGCAUGCCUUCCAAAGACGGGGUUUUCAUCUCCUCAAGCCCGGAAGAAAUCCCACGUGUACAUGCAAAGGAGCCCGCGUUCUCCGCAGAAUUGGCUUCUUGAUGGUACGGCCGACUUUGCGAGCGCUUCCAAGCACACUUCUAUCGACUCUGCUCUCGUGGAAGCUAUAUCACGGAGCGUGUGCCAGCAUCUCCGACUCUUUAAUGCAAUAUCAAGAAAUAAUCAAGAUAAGAGGCUUUCCCGUACAUCUAGAGGCCUCGCUACAAGUCAACACAAGAAUCAUUCACGGAUACCCAACAGGUCAAAUUCGUUGGAAAGAUUCACAGGAAGACGACACGGCCAACCAAAAGGUGCCAGGGUCCCAAAGCAACGCAAGAAUCCGCCGGCAACACCUACAAAAUCCGGUAUAUCACUACAUACAGUAUCUCCACUGCUGCCCUUUCGCCCAGAGUUCAGAGCGGCAGGAUUAGCAGUAACAUCAAAAGAUCAGAAGCGCAACUUUCCCGCCUAUAUUGCAAAGCUGAUUUCGUCCAAAUCAUCUCGGAAAACCAAUAAACGCCCCCAUAGCAAACGGCCAAAGGUGUCAAGAUUCGAUGGCUUCGACGAAGGAGAUUCCAGCCCGAGCUCACUGAGUGAAAUAUCAUUUGCCGCGUCACAAGACUUGGAUGAAUGGCGAUAUGCGCUGAUUGACGAAGCGCCCGUCCGAAAGCAGAAGCGGCAGCCCAUCAAAGAGAAGAAGAAAUCAAAACGGCAUUGGUUUUCUUGCUUUCCCAAGGACGAAGAGUCUGUUGCGGAUGGAGAAUAGGCGCACUUCCGACAGAUAUCUGGAAAUGCCGUUUCGGCGAUGCCAAAAGACAGGCCUCCAACGCCUCCCCCAAAACCCACACCACUUAUACUUUCGCAGCGAAAUGGUCAAGGGAAUAGCAACCGUCCAAGGGCUGACUCAAGCCCACGCAGUCCCC